AUGUUGUGGCGCCGGGCAGGUGGCCUCUGUCUGUUGCUGUGCUGUACCUGGGUAACACCGGCACAAGCUGCAGCAUUCAAUCAUGACAUCACUCAACUCAGCUACACUAAUGUCGACUCGCAUCACCAAAAACUCGUACAAUCACAACAACAACACCAAAAACCAAUCAUCACCACAUCCAUCUCUUCAAUCCUCUUCGCCUCUCUCGAGCGCCUGGCCCGCCUCGUAGACAUAGCCUAUUGCGUAGGGAGCCUACCUGGCAUCUCACGGCCCUUCACCUGCGCCUCCCGCUGCGCCGAUUUCCCCCACGUCUCCCUCGUCACCACCUGGGACACGGGCCCGCUGCUGACGGACAGCUGCGGCUACGUGGCCAUCGACCACGCCGACGAGGCCAUAGUGGUCGCCUUUCGAGGCACCUACAGCAUCGCCAACACCGUCAUCGACCUCAGCACGGUGCCGCAGGAGUACGUGCCCUACCCGGAGCCCGACGACGACGGCGACAGGGAGCGCUGCGAGAACUGCACCGUGCACCUGGGGUUCCUGGCCAGCUGGCGGGUGGCCAGGAAUCUGGUUCUGCCCGCCAUCGAGGAGGCGAGGCAGAAGCACCCCGGCUUUGCUAUCAACCUCGUCGGCCACAGCCUCGGCGGUGCGGUCGCCGCGCUGGCGGCCCUCGAGCUGAAGCUCGUGAGCGGCUACGACGUCGUGGUCACGACGUUUGGCGAGCCGAGGGUGGGCAACCGCGGCCUAGCAGAGUUUAUCGAUCGCGUGUUCGGCCUGGACCAGGAGCCAAAGGAGGACAUGGCGUUCCGCAGGGUCACCCACGCCGAGGACCCGGUGCCGCUGCUGCCGCUCGAGGAGUGGGGUUACAGGUCGCACGCCGGCGAGAUUCACAUUGAGAAGCCGGCGCUGCCACCAGCACCGGCCGACCUGAAGUUGUGCAAAGGCGAAAGAGACCCUGAUUGCAGCAACGGAAACUCUGACGCGGCGCUCACUACCUUGUUGCUCGGGGAGGAACACUAUCUGAAGACACAGUACCUGAAGCUGUGGCAGUUGCUCUUUGCGCAUCGGGAUUACUUUUGGAGGCUCGGGCUUUGCGUGCCUGGUGGUGAUCCGGCAGAUUGGGGUAGAGACAAGUAUGAUACGGUUCCUGGGCAGGAUGAGCUCUAA